GUCUUUUAAGAAUGUGUACAAAAGCAUAUAUGAACAAGGAAGUUAGUCUAAGGUGACGAAUAUCGAACUAAUGCGCGAAGUUUCUGGUCUCAACAGAUGACAGGCUGUAUCAGAACUAAAAUUUUUUUAUCUCGACCAAUACAUUUAGUACGUUGCACCGAGACCUCUAGUGAUAUAAGAUGAUUAAAUUAAUCGGCCUCGAAAAUAAAAAUUUACUAUUUUUGUUAAAUUAAUCUUUGAAUGCGGCCCAACUUUGCUAACUUCCAAGAUUAGAGUUAAAAACUAAUUUAUUAAGCGGCUACUAGCAAUAUUACCAAGGAUGGGUAUAUAGUCUAGACGUCUCAAUUUUAUGGUAAACGGAAGACCAAUGUUAUAUCAACCGAAUAUUAUUACAUAAUAAUGAAUCUAGUGGCGGUUGUUUUGUUUAAUGAAAUCCUUUGACCCCAAAUAUUAGUAAUUACAGCAUAUUAAGACCAAUAUUAGUAAUUACAGCAUAUUAAGACCAAUGUUAUAACAAAAGAAUAAUUUCUUUAUCAAAUUAAUUUUCUGAAAUGGAGGACAAGAUCCUCGUAAAUUUAUAUUGCCAAAGUUAACUUAAAAUGUAAUAAAUAGUGAUUAGAGUGGUUAAUUACUUUAUACGAUGUUAACUCUAUAAAAUUAACAACCAUCGGAAUUUGGUGAUUGGAAUUUGGAACACCAUCGGCGCAUUUAAAAAAGUGGGGGGAAAAAAAAAACAAAAAUUAGGAAGCAAGCAAAAUGAGUAUUAGAGAAAAUUGCCAAAAAAAGGGCAAAUCGAAUUACAGGAAAAUCAAAUCAAAUCAAAUUAAUCUUUCUCCCCCUGUUAAACAAACAUCUCCCGAGAACCCAAAAACAUCGGAUCGUCAUUUCCCCAAAAUCACGAGUCCCCGUCGUCGUCGUCGUUCUCCGCCAUCUCUCUUCCUUCUCCUCCUGCCACCAAACAGGAGGUAAAAACAACAACACCACAACAAAAUCUCCAAAUCCUCUCCACACCCCGUUUGCCUCGCCGACCAGCAGCUCGCCUUCUCUCCAUGGCAAAUGCCUCCUCCCGUUUCAUCAUCGCAGUCCAUUAAUAAAUGGGUGACCGAACGCCGCCGCGGACCAGCAACGCCUCCUCCAAUUCCCAAACUCCGACCCCACCGCCGCCUCCCCUACCGGCCGUCGCCGCCGUCUCCCUCCUACAGCCGGCCGGCAAGAACAAGAAAUCCAAGCCCAAGGUCGUCCGCGUCUUCCGAUCCGUGUUCCGCUCCUUCCCAAUAAUCGGCGCCCCGGCCUGCCGGAUGCCGAUCCUCCUCUCGAGCGGGUUCUCCUCCGACGGGCCGAAUCGGGGCGGGGUGUCGGGCACCCGGGUCACGGGCACCCUGUUCGGGUACAGAAAGGGCCGGGUCAGCCUGUCGAUCCAGGAAACCCCCAAAUGCCUCCCUUCCGCCGUCGUCGAGCUCGCGAUGCAGACGAGCGUCCUGCAGAAGGAGCUUGGGUCGGGCAUGCUCCGGAUCGCGCUCGAGUGCGAGAAGCGGGCCGACAACAACGGCGACGGGAACAGUGGUGGUAAUAACAACAACAGCAGCGGGGGUUCUAAUAGCAGCAGUAAGACGAAAUUGCUGGACGAGCCGCUGUGGACGAUGUACUGCAACGGGAAGAAGACGGGUUACGGCGUGAAGAGGGAGGCGACGGCGGAGGAUUUGCAGGUGAUGGAGCUGUUGAAGCCGGUUUCCAUGGGGGCUGGGGUUUUGCCCGGGAAUGCGGAGACGGAAGGGGUGGAAGGCGAGCUGGCGUAUAUGCGGGCCUUUUUCGAGCGGGUGGUUGGGUCCAAGGAUUCAGAGACGUUCUAUAUGUUGAGCCCAGAAGGGAAUAAUGGGCCGGAACUCACCGUCUUCUUUGUCCGCGUGUAAAAAUAUAGAGAAGAGAAAAAAAAAAAAAAAAAACACUACCUUGACAAUGGUGGUUGCUGAUCUCCUCGUUCUCUUAAUUAUUAUGAAACUGAAAUUUUGACUCAUGUUCAUCAUAAUAAUAGGGUCUUAUGCUCUUAUAUUUUGCCUCCGGCUGUUUGAUGCUUUGUAUGAUGACCAUCUAUAACGAAUGUUUAAUGAAAGGUCGAACUUUAAAAAUGAACAUGUAAGAUCACGACGACCACAAUUUUUUUGUUGUUGUUACCCAAUCUGUUAUAAAGUGGGGGAUGUGAAGAGGAGACGGAGGAGGUGUUUUUUGGACUGAGGUUACAUUUAGGUGAUUUCUCAGUUCGUCGGCAGCUAGAGAAACGACAAACUGUUUCUAGAUCGUCCACUGGAGUUGGAGUUAUAUUAGAGCUAGUAGAUUUGUUAUUGUUAUUUUCUCCCUUCAUGGGAUCUUUUGUAGUUGUUGUUGGGAGGGGGCUUCAACUUGAUUAAAAUCUUUGAUAGGGAGGGUGAGUAUAUGGUGUUCACCAUCUACAUGAUAGUUUGUUCCAUGACAUCUUGCUCAAUAAUAUAAGUAUAUGGAAAUUGUUUACAUCGACCUCGGAAGAUACAUGGCAAAUUGGCAAUGGCCAAUGAGGCACGAAUGAUGUUCUUGAAUAUGCAUGUAAGAAUAUUUUCAUGAUUAAUGGUACAUCAAUCAAUAAUGUGUCACAAAUGCAUUAAUUAGUCAUCACAUAACUCCGACUUGUUUUUCCUGUAUAAAUGUGGUAACAAAUA